AUACAAUAGUCGAUUUUUUUUUAUAAUUUUCAAUACUACAAUACCGGAAAAAGAAAAGAAAAGAAAAAUUAACCCUUUUAGUGUCCAAAGGGACGUGUUUUAAUGGGUAGUAGAUUGAAUGAAGUUUUCUAAAAGGUCUUUAUAAAGCUUCAAGGCAAGUAUUUCAUUUGCAGAUUUGCAGAAGAGGAAGAAAAAGAAAGAAGGGUUUGGUACAGCUAUGGCUCCGGCUGCUGAUCCAGAAGACAUUAUCAACGACAAUAGUAACCCUCGCCCUCUGGAUGACGAUGACAUCGCCCUCCUAAAAACCUAUGGUUUGGGGCCUUAUUCGACUCCUAUAAAGAAAGCUGAGAAGGAGAUAAAAGAAAUGGCAAAGAAGGUCAAUGAUCUAUGUGGAAUUAAGGAAUCAGACACUGGACUAGCUGCACCUAGUCAAUGGGAUCUUGUGUCAGACAAGCAGAUGAUGCAGGAGGAGCAACCCCUGCAGGUGGCAAGGUGUACUAAAAUAAUUAACCCAAAUACUGAGGAUGCAAAAUAUGUUAUAAAUGUCAAACAAAUUGCUAAGUUUGUAGUUGGAUUGGGUGAUAAGGUCUCACCAACAGAUAUUGAAGAAGGCAUGCGAGUUGGUGUUGAUCGUAACAAGUAUCAAAUUCAGAUCCCAUUGCCUCCUAAGAUUGAUCCCAGUGUUACAAUGAUGACAGUGGAAGAAAAGCCAGAUGUUACAUACAAUGAUGUCGGUGGAUGCAAAGAGCAGAUUGAGAAAAUGCGAGAGGUUGUAGAGCUUCCAAUGCUUCAUCCUGAGAAGUUUGUUAACCUUGGAAUAGAUCCACCCAAAGGCGUCCUUUGCUAUGGGCCUCCGGGAACUGGAAAGACACUAUUAGCUAGAGCUGUGGCUAAUCGGACAGAUGCAUGCUUUAUUCGAGUUAUUGGAAGUGAGCUUGUUCAAAAGUAUGUUGGUGAGGGUGCUAGAAUGGUUCGUGAGCUUUUUCAGAUGGCCCGGUCAAAGAAAGCUUGUAUUGUCUUCUUUGAUGAAGUGGAUGCCAUAGGUGGGGCUCGCUUUGAUGAUGGUUUAGGUGGUGAUAAUGAAGUGCAACGAACUAUGCUUGAAAUAGUGAAUCAGCUGGAUGGUUUUGAUGCACGAGGAAAUAUUAAAGUUCUUAUGGCAACUAACAGGCCUGAUACUCUUGACCCAGCACUAUUGAGGCCUGGUAGAUUGGAUCGAAAAGUUGAAUUUGGCUUACCUGAUUUGGAAAGCAGAACACAGAUAUUUAAAAUUCAUACACGGACAAUGAAUUGUGAGCGAGACAUUCGUUUUGAGUUGCUUGCACGGUUAUGCCCUAAUUCAACAGGUGCUGAUAUACGGAGUGUGUGUACUGAGGCUGGAAUGUUUGCUAUUAGAGCACGUAGAAAGACUGUUACCGAGAAGGAUUUUCUUGAAGCUGUCAAUAAAGUCAUCAAAGGCUAUCAAAAGUUCAGUGCCACUCCAAAAUACAUGGUGUACAACUAAUAAUAUGGUAUUAGUUGUAUGCCAUAUCUUCAAUCGGAUGUUUUGAAUUGGAUAAUGUUUGUGCGGCCACAGAAUAUAGAUGUAUUUUUACUGUACAAUUCCUGCCAUCUUGUUCACUGCAGUAAAAUUAUUGAAUUUGAUUCUAGAUAUUGCAUUGCUGUGAGAGCAGCAUAAAAAAUAGAUUGCUAGGCUAUCAGUUUGCACAUUUUCUGGUUGCCUUUUGAGAUUCUAAUUGCAUCUUGAUUGCAACCUUCUUGAUGAUGGUAAUAUAUUGCAAUUAUGGCAAAAAAUCAUUUGUGUA